CCAAUCCUCUCCAUGCCACGUUGAUCGACCGAUUUACGACUCAUUUUGUGACAUUUUUCUGGCUCCUUCGAUUUACUGACAUUUUUCUCCAAAAUUCUCGAGCAAUAGUAAUUGACAUUUACAGCCUAGUCUAUAAAUUACAGCAGAUGGCACCGUCGUUUUUCAUUUUUCUCUAGCUCGCUCGCGCAGAAGCCAUGACUAGCUCCUCAGCUCAUUCACGCAAGGCUUUAAGCAAGAUCGCAUGUAAUAGACUCCAGAAAGAAUUAGUGGAAUGGCAAGUUAAUCCACCCACUGGAUUCAAGCAUAAAGUCACUGAUAAUCUCCAAAGAUGGAUAAUCGAAGUCAACGGAGCCCCUGGAACGCUUUAUGCUAACGAAACUUAUCAGCUUCAGGUUGAUUUUCCUGAGCAUUAUCCUAUGGAGGCACCCCAGGUGAUUUUCAUUCCUCCUGCGCCAUUACAUCCUCACAUUUAUAGCAAUGGACAUAUUUGUUUAGCUGAUGGAGAACGUUUAUUUCAGAAGUUUGCAGAACGUGAUAUGAUUAUUUGUAAUCAUAAUUAUAUUCUGUAUGAUAGCUGGUCCCCAGCCAUGACUGUAAGUUCUAUCUGCAUCAGCAUUCUCUCCAUGUUAUCAAGCUCAACUGCCAAGCAAAGGCCGGCUGAUAACGAUCGAUAUGUUAAGAACUGUCGCAAUGGCAGGUCUCCCAAGGAGACGAGAUGGUGGUUCCAUGACGAUAAAGUAUAAUAAUAUGAACUUAUUGUCCAUAAUCUGUGUAUAAAAACUGAGGCUACAGGGAUAGGUAAUCGUUUACAUUUGUCAUGCUGUGUAUGAAAUUAUGAAUUAAACGUAGAUUUAUUUUGAAUAUUGUUACCUAAUGCAAGAAGCAGACUGAACAAUAUAAACCUUUCUUUUCUUCUAA